UCUUUCAGCAGCAGCAACAGUUCGUCAGCCACCUCGGUAGCUUGCUAGACAUAAUAGACGAACCAAUAAAGCUCUUUAGACGCUUUAGUGUAUAUUAGCCACUGUGUUUUAAACCCACUUCGGUCGUCUAGUUAGUUAUCCGAUUUAAUUUCAUAUUUACAGUGUUGUUGUUAGUCAGCUAGCGGGCUGGUUAAGUUAGCAUUAGCCUAGCUAACAUCCCUGACCAUGCGGUCACUAAGCUACUCCCCUGCUAUAGAAGAAGCGGGUAUCACAGUAAAACAAGAAGUAGAGGAUGAGGCCGUUACUGUGAAAGAAGAGGAAGACGCGUUCAGAGUGAAAGAGGAGGAGGAUGUUACAGUAAAAGGAGAGGAGGAUGCAGUUUAUGGAGUGAAAGAGGAGGAGGAAGAGAUGACUGUUACAUCGAAAAAGGAGGAGGAAGAAGAGAAGGAAACUGGAUUUCUGGGCCCGGUUUCCCAAACGCAUCUUAAGGCAUCCAAUGGUUCUAACGAUGAAUUUAGCCAUAAGAUGGUUUUGAGAAACCGUUCCCUGAUUAACACUAGAGAGAUACUUCACUAUCGUGGAUCCUCUGGGGAGCCUCAACAACCUCAUGAUGCUGAAGAGGCAGAGAAGAGUCUCUCCAGAUCAGAACACCUGCAGAGAUCCACAGGGAAGAGAACUCACUGCUGCUCUGACUGUGGGAAGAGAUUCACCUCAUCAGGCAUUAAAAUUCAUCAGAGAACACACACAGGAGAGAACCCUUAUAGCUGUGGUCAAUGUGGGAAGAGUUUUACUACAUCUGGCCAGCUGACAUUACACCAGAGAGCACACACAGGAGAGAAACCUUUUAGCUGUGUUCAAUGUGGGAAGAGUUUUACUACAUCUAUCAAUCUGACUCUACACCAGAGAACACACACAGGAGAGAAAUCUUAUAGCUGUGGUCAAUGUGGGAAGAGUUUUGGUAGAACUGGCCAGCUGACAUUACACCAGAGAACACACACAGGAGAGAAACCUUACAGCUGUGAUCAAUGUGGGAAGAGUUUUCCUGCAUCUAGAACUUUGACUAGACACCAGAGAAUACACACAGGAGAGAAACCUUAUAGCUGUGGUCAAUGUGGGAAGAGUUUUGGUCGAUCUGGCCAGCUGACAUCACACCAGAGAAUACACACAGGAGAGAAACCUUAUGGCUGUGAUCAAUGUGGGAAGAGUUUCGGUCGAUCUGGCCAUCUGGUAUCACACCAGAGAACACACACAGGAGAGAAAUCUUAUAGCUGUGGUCAAUGUGACAUGAGAUACUCUGAUAAAAGAUCUCUGAUCAAACAUCAGAAACUACAUACAUGAAGGAGUUGUUUCAUGAUAUCAAUGAAUUAAUGUCACAAUGUAGAAUGUUUUAACAUUGUAGUAGGAGUAUUUUAAUUAUGUCACAAUGUAGAAUGUUUUAACAUUGUAGUAGGAGUAUUUUAAUGAUGUCACAAUGUAGAAUGUUUGAGUAUUUUAAGGAGUUUCACAAUGUAGAACCCUAAUUCAAUUGUUUUCUGCGUGAUAUCGAUAUUAGCCUUUCGAAAAGUCCAGGCUCUGAAUUGGAAGAGUACUAUUUAUGUGAUUUAACAAAAAGUGACUAACACAACAAGAGCUGUGUUACACUUACCUUGUUGGUGACCCACUUGAAUCAAAAUGCAACACUUCAAAAUGUGGCGACCUGUUUUCUACAAAUUGUCCUCUAACCAGGGAUGUACACAUUAUUCCCAGAUUCCGUGUGGUUUUUGAGCUGUUAUUUUUAACAGGACGUGCAACCUCAUCUCCCUCCUCCCGGCACAGUUGAUUUUAACAUUAUAUCGAUGAGUGAUGACAAAUAAGUGUUGCGUUCCUUUGUUUAGCGACCCCUAAAUUGAAAUACAUCACUCCCAAAAGUAGCUGACUGUCUUCUGCAGGUCGUCCUCUAACCAGUGAGCUAAAAAUAAAUACAAGUAAUAUGAUUAUUGUGGCAGAUGUUUGUGUACAUAGCACAUUUUACAUUUAGGUUUUUAAUUUAUCACAAACUGUUUCUGCUUUUGGACUAUUGAUUUGGACACGUUUAAACUGUGACAUUGGGGAUAUCCCACCUAGCAAACUGUCGACAUUGGGGAUAUCCCACCUAGCAAACUGUCGACAUUGGGGAUAUCCCACCUAGCAAAAUGUCACUGAAAAUAAGACUGACCGACGUACAAUAUAUGUUUGGUUUUAGUUGAAAGUGUAAAAGAAAACUAUUUAAAUUCAAUGUACUCGCAGCUUAUACACAUGGACGCAGUAUAAUAAAUCGGUCUAUAAUCAAUUUUAUUAACAAUCAUAAUAAAUUGAGUCAUAAAUAUAAAAUAUAUUUGUUGUCGUAAGGGGAAGGUGUUACAGUCUGGUUUUUCCAUUUAUGUUUUGAGGUUGGACUUUUGCACGUAUAGCUCGUUAGCACGAAUAGCUCGUUAGCACGUCUAGUUCGUUAGCAUGUAGGAAUCACCGAUUGGUGUCACCUCGUUAGUCAGUAGGUGUUACACCUGUGCUGGCUUGUCCAUCUCGUUAGUGGGAAGGUGUUUCACCUGAGCUGGUCCAGGGUCUAUUUAAUAGUGUCUGGCCCAGUGCUCCAGUUGUCUUGAUAGAUGUGGAGAGUCAACACCUUUAGUUGCACCACCUUUUUGGUUUUCUUACUGUCUUUAAGUUUGGUGUGUGUUUUUCUUUUGUUUGCCUCUUCUUGGGCAGAUUUAGUGGGUCUCAUGGUGGGUGUCUUUUAGGUCCCAGUUGUUGUUGCUAGUCAACUUCCAGUGGACACCCCCAUAGUGUCUUUCAGAACCCCUCAUAAAAAACAAGCUUAUAUUUUGGGUUGGGUUGGAUAUAGCAUCAUAUUUUUUAUAUUUUAAUCAAUGACAUUUCCUUGCAAUGUUCAUUAGUCUUUCAGUUGUUAUUCUUCUGUUUUUUAUCCUCUUAUGUUUCUUGUGUACUAAAUAUUUCUGUUUAUUUUCUUAGUUUUUUUCCUGUGAAGCCAUUGUGUUGCAUCCAUGUCUGACAUGUGCUGUAUAAAUAAAACUUGAUUUGAAAAUAUCAA